GUACUUUUUCUGCUUCAAGAAAAAGAUAGAAAUGACCACACACAAGAUAGAAAGACGAAUAAUCUUUCUUUACCAAAGUAAAGUGAACCCAAAAAGCGGGAAACACAGUACUAAUCUUCUCAUGUUCCUUUGUGUGUGCUGGAUGCACCAUUACCAUGUUUCGUAGAGACUAUGUUGAGUAAAAUCUGCAGCGAGCAGUGUCAACAACCACCGGACGUGGUGAUCAGGAGGAGGUUGGGUUUGAUCGGUGAACAAGAGAACAAACGUGUACAAGGUGAAAGUUCUAAACCAAAGUUUGAGAUUGGCUCCUCGUCUUGUGAAAGCCGUCAGAAAGUUAGUCGCCGGUUAUCAUUUCACCAAGAGCCUGAAUCUCAUUGUAGGAGAAACUCAUCUAAUGUCAGCCAACAGUUGAUGGUCCUCAAUGAACUUGAAUUCAGAAAAUUGUUUUUGGUACUAAGCUAUAUUGGAAGCAAGAAGUUGGAAGAUGUUAUAUCCCCUGAAAUUGCUGAUGAUAUUGAAAGAAAGAAAAAUCUUCCGAUGACUGAUUUUGAAUUAGAAAUCUGGAAUUCUUUUGGAAAAUCAUGUUAUGCUGCGUCAGAUAGAUCAAAGUACUUGGACUGGAAUUCCAGAAAGACUCAUCUCUAUUAUUGCCACAUUAAACAGAAUGGAUACUGUACCUUCAAGGGUCCAUACUUGGAAAGGACUCACUUACAAAGAGCCCUGAGAGAUGACAAUGUAUUGAUUGUCAAAUUUGUUGAAGAUGCAAGUUGUGCCAAUAUAAUUAUUGAGGAAGGCAUUCUUGUUGGCUUGAGAUGUUAUCGCUUUUUUGGUAACUUUGUUUUCUUUUCCUUGAAUUAUGAAAUUCUCUCUUUUUCUCAGAAUUUUGUUGAUACUGUGGACCCUGAUCACAUGAUUGCAGAAAAAAGGAGUGUAUCUUGGAAUAGGGAACCGCCUUUGUUGAUGCAGUGUCGUUUGUUCUUCAACGGCUGCGCUGUUAAGGGAACUUUUCUUGUUAAUAGAAAGAUUGGAUCAGGAAAAAUUCAAGUUAGACCCUCAAUGGUGAAGGUUGAGACAGACCCAAUAAUUUCAAGUAUACCAACUUUUAACUCAUUGGAGAUAGUUUCAAUCAGGCAUAGACCAAAUCAAGCAUGCCUGUCCAAGAAUUUAAUAUCUCUGCUGAGCUAUGGAGGAGUCCAGAAAGAAUUCUUUAUGGAGAUUUUGGAAAGUGCUUUGGAAGAGACGAAACAAGUGUACUUGAGGAAACGUGGAGCUCUAAAAGUUGCUAUCAACUAUAGAGAAAUGGAUGAUGAUUGUCUAGCAGCAAGGAUGAUAUCGUCUGGGAUACCUCUCAAUGAACCUCAUCUCCAUGCUCGCUUGUCUAGGCUUGCAAAGCUUGAAAGAACUAAGCUUAGAGGAGGAAAACUUCCUCUUUGUGACAGUUUUUAUCUUAUGGGAACAGCUGAUCCCACUGGUGUACUGGAAAGCAAUGAAGUCUCUGUUAUUCUAGGUUAUGGCCAAGUAUCUGGGUGUGUUUUGGUCUAUAGAAAUCCUGGUCUUCACUUUGGAGAUGUACAUGUGACGAAAGCGCGAUAUGUGGAAGAGCUUGCAGAUAUUGUUGGUGAUGCCAAAUAUGGUAUAUUUUUUUCCACUAAAGGUCCAAGGUCAGCUGCUACUGAGAUUGCCAAGGGUGUUGAUGGUGAUAUGUAUUGGAUUUCCAUGAACCGAAAGCUAGUAGAUUCUUAUACAACAAGUAAACCAUGGACUCGCAUGCACUCAACUCCGAAGGCAGUCAGCAAGAAGCCAAGUGAAUUUUCAGUUGAUGAAUUGGAAUAUGAACUUUUUAGGCAAUUUCUGGAAGCUAAAGCUAAAGGUGCCAAUAUGUCUAUGGCAGCUGAUAGCUGGCUGGCAUUUAUGGAUCGUCUUCUGAUGUUGCGAGGUGAUGAUGUGGAUGAGAUGCAUAGCUUGAAAGGAAAGAUGCUUCACCUGGUUGAUAUCUACUAUGAUGCAUUAGAUGCACCUAAAAGCGGGAAGAAGGUUAGCAUCCCUCAUGAUUUGAAGGCAAACAAGUUCCCGCACUAUAUGGAAAAGGGGAACCCCUUCAGCUAUCAUUCGACUUCUAUUCUGGGUCAGAUUUAUGAUCACGUUGACUCAUUUCCAGAUGAAGAUUUCUGUGUAACAGAGAUCUAUAAACUGCCUUGCUUUGAGGUUGAAAUCCCUCCAACAUGCAUGGAAUUGUGGAGAGGAAGAUACGAGGAGUACAAAAAGGAUAUGACAAGGGCCAUGAGUUCAGGUUCAGAACUUAGAAUCACCUCUUGCAAUGAAGUUAUAAAGAAGUACAAGACGUUGCUCUAUGGUGCUGUGGAGUUUGAACAAACUGUAAGCAAGACCGAAGACGUUUUCAACGAGGCGCUUGCAAUAUAUCAUGUAACAUAUGACCAUGCGAGGACCACAUGCUGCAUAGAAAAAUGUGGUUUUGCUUGGAAAGUUGCGGGUUCUGCUCUUUGCAGGAUCCAUGCCAUUUAUAGCAAGGAAAAAGGGCUACCCAUUUUGCCAUCUAUUCUGCAGGAAAUAUUGUAGAUGUUAUGUAUAUGUCGAUGCCAUAUAGCAAAAUGGGAAAUAAAAGGAGUGCACUUAAUAUUAGUAUAUAGCAAAAUGGAAAAUAAAUGGAGUGCACUUAAUAAUAAUUUAUUGUUUUUAUUAUCCUACUUUAUAAAGUGGACAUAAUGCACAACUUGAAAUUAGGCUAUAAAUAGCCAUGUAUUCAUAUACAAAAUUGAUAUAGAGUGAAAGAUUACAAACUAUAUUUCUUUAC